AUGGAAUCUAGUAACAAUAAAUCUCAAGCUUCUUCUUCUUCUGAUUCAGACAUUGAUAAUAACGAUUCAGGUUGUUGUUCCAGCAGAUCUGAUGCUUCAGCAGCUGCUGAGUUGAAACUGUACAGAGCUUUUAUAUUCUCUGUACCUAUUUUCUUCACUUUGAUUCUUGUUUUUCUUUUCUAUGUUUUCUAUUUGAAACCUAGAAGGGUUGAUUGGUCUUCUAUCAGGAUGAGGUCUGUUUCUGUUCUACAACAUCACAAUCACAACAAUGCAAUCUCCAAUUCUGAUUUGGGGUUGAAGAAAGAAUUGAGAGAGAUGUUGCCUAUUAUAGUUUACAACGAAAGCUUCUCUGUCAAAGAUACACUAUGCUCGGUAUGUCUUUUGGAUUACCAACCAGACGACAGACUUCAACAGAUACCGGUAUGCGGCCAUACGUUUCACAUGAGUUGCAUUGAUCUCUGGCUUACCAGCCACAGCACCUGCCCUCUUUGCCGUCUGUCGCUACUACCUGCUGCUAAAUCUUUGACCGAGACAUCCAAUAUGCAGGCUGCAAGCAAUGAAGAAAUAGAGACGCAGCCGAGAAUUGAAGAAACACUAGCCAUUGAAUUCUCUGACUCGGUAUCUACUAGUCAUCUAGAAACCACUGUCAUCCAAAAUGUUUCUGGAGAAGUUGGAAUCAGUGCUAACCCGCGUAUCAAUGUUGAAGAGCCAAAUGUGCGAAACAACCGAUAG